AAUGGCAUAAUUCGAUGGAAAUACUUGUUUCGUAACACCACGAUUUUUCCUCAGAAACUUUAAUUAUUUCUAAACAACAAGAUGUACCAUCAACUUAGCCGAGUAACCGGUAGGCUAGUCGCUGCUACUAAUCUGCAGAGCCCACUGUUUCCAGUUGCACCAAUUGCCCUGCAACGAGUGGAGCCCCCCAGCAUCCAGUACAACACCGCGCACCUGUCUACUGUAACCGAGGCAUCCGCGUGCCCUGCGCCUGGCAAGAGGAGGCUCAUCCCUGGCACGAACAUUCCCUACCCCCCAGUCUCAGAGACCAUCCGCAAGCGCCAGGAAUUGUUCCAGAAAGAUAAUGACGUACCUGUGUUCCUGAAAGGUGGUCCAGUUGAUGGUAUUCUCUACCGCUUCACAAUGGCCCUAUGCAUUGUUGCACUUGCGGGUAUAGCCCACACCAUCUAUGACCAUGCUGUUCCCAAAGCCAAGUGAAUAAUCGGUUAAAUUACAACAUUCUGUACUAGCCUUUGUUGUGUAUUAUAGACUUGAGCAAUUUAAAUAAAUUAAACCAAAACUA